AUGAUGGCUACAACUGAACGUCAAAGUAAAAAGUACUCUAAGGCACUCAAGAGAGAAUGUAAUGGAUUCGUUUUAGAUUUACCUCUAUUUAUAAAUGAAUUAGACAGUAGUAUAUCGAAUUUACUUGGCAGUAAAUUAUCUUUUUUUUGUGAAUUUGCUCCACCUAGUAAUUUACAUGUCAGCUCAAAUGACAUUGUAGUUGCAACACCACAAGGUUAUUACAAUGAAGAACAACUUAAACAGCUUGCGCUCAUUAUUGACAAGAUACGAGGACUUUCAGAAUUGAAACUCUGCAGAUACUUUGAGAUUUCCAUUGAUAUAAAAUCUCAUGACGUAUUAGCUGGAUUGGAUUACUUCCUACUUGACUCAAAUAGUUCCAGUUAUUUUCAAAACAAGGAAGUUAUUGAAGACAAACAAACUAACUCGUAUUAUCAAAAGCUUUUAAGAGAGAGUAAUAGUAAGCACAUAGAAACUACACUUCAACAAGUUUUUGACGAAAAUAUCAAAAAUAAAAUAUCAACAAUACAUGACUUGAUGGAUCACUUUAUUCAUAGGACACAAGAACUAAUAGCAAAUUCAAAAGUUAGGCUUGAAGAAAAAUCAAUAAAUAUAAAUAAUAUAUUAAGUGAAAUUCAAAAUAAGGUUAUUCUACGUGAGAAAAAAGUUAAAGAUCUCAACAACUUAGCAUGGAAAAUUUUAGAACAUUAUAGUGAUGUAGGAGAUGAACUCCUAGAAUUAGAACCCUCUGAAUCAAAUACAGCUAGUGCUUUUAAGCCAACAAACGAUGAAUAUCACACAGAAAUCCUUACUUUAGAUGAAGCUCUUAAGAGAAGAAUAUCGCAUGGGGGAUUUGGGUUGCCUGAAGAUUUUGGUAAUCCACAAAAGCUUCUACAACUUGGGGAGUUUCCAGGAGCUCCACAUAAUAUGGAUGCAGUUAAAAAUGAUCACUUGAAAUAUAGGGGAUCAAGUACUAGUCACUUUAAAGUAGUUAACCAAUCCAAGAGCUCUCUUUGGGACCCUAUACAAAAAAAAAUAUAUAGUAUACACGACUUAUAUCACAAUUAUGAUAACAAAUACAAAGAAACUAUUCAUCCAGCAACAAAUAAACUACUCUUAAUUCAAAAUAGAGGCGAAGUGCCGUUUAAAAGAGAGACGAGCUUGAUACACAGAAAUAGAAAAGUGAAAAAGUAUGAUCCAAUUAUAGAAUAUGGCAGACACAGUAUCCAAGCUAAAAUAUCAAAAAAUCACAAAAUUGACUUUAAGGAUCACUAUCCCACAGUAUUCAGUUAUCUUGGUCGUCCAAUUCCAGAGUUGAAUCAUCAUGACCCACCACAUAUAACUAGAAGAGCAAUAAUAGAUUCAAUAAAAUUGUCAAUGAGUACAGAUGCUUCUCGAAAUAUUAUUUGGCAAUCAUAUGGCAGACCUCUCCCUCCAAGACAUAUUCAGGAAAGUAACAAAUUAGAAAAUAGCAAAUUAGAAUGCUAUUCUCCAUUAGAGCAUACCUAUGCUGAUAGUCAAAUUGUAGGGGCUGAUGUUUACUAUGUACUAGUUUAA